CUACUGAGCCGCCGUCCAACUUUCCCUCAUCCUCCACCCACCCUCUUAUCACGUGAAUACAGAUCAGCUGACAAAAAAUCUCGUGGAUGCGGAAGAGGCUGUAGAUCAGGGCAACAUGGAAGGUGCACUGGAGCAUCAUUUGGAAGAUACAAUGAAGAAUCCGUCCAUUGCAGGGGUCCUGUGCACCGAUUCUCAGGGACUAAAUAUGGGCUGUCGUGGCACCCUUUCAGAUGAACAUGCAGGUGUGAUAUCUGUUCUAGCACAGCAGGCAGCCAAACUAACAUCUGAUCCAACAGAUAUUCCUGUGGUGUGCCUGGAGUCAGAUACUGGGAAUAUCAUGAUCCAGAAACAUGAUGGCAUCACAGUGGCAGUACACAAAAUGGCAUCCUAACCUCAUACACCUACAACAUUUUCUGCUGUUUAACAACUUGCCUUUGUGGAACAUUCUAAAGAUCUAACAUGCCUUGAAUGGCCAUUGUCACUAGGCAGUCUGACUGUAAAGAUUCUCUUGUGAAAGUUGGCAGGGAAUUUGGUUACUCUUAUUUUUUUGGAACCUCAUACUAUUAAGCCUGGAAUGCUUUCGUGUCUUGUAGCUGUAGAAACAGGACUUUAGGAGGUAUCAUCAAUCCUAGAAAUCAAAUAAAACAAAAUGUAUUGUGCAA